GCUAUGAAGCUUUCUUAGCAGCCUGUCACACCAUUACUCUGCCAUGACAACUAUGGAACGGUCAGACAGAAUGCUAUUCAUAUCGGAAUCUCCAGCAGAUAGGAGUUUUGACAGUAAGAUGACCAGUUACAACCAACAGUCGACAAUGACGGAAGUCCACAUGGUUGGGACAGAGACAAACAAUGUUGCUGUUAAUCGGGUGUGGGGCCCCCCAACUGGGAAGGCAACUGCAGAGAUUCGCCACGUCAAUGUCAACAUGGACGCCAACCAUAAUGUGAAACCCUCUGAAUUUCUACAGAAGACUAGUCAUUCUUCGUUUUCUUCGUCUUCGAGUUCGUCUCUGCCACCACAAACCACAAUGAAAUCGUACUCCUCUGUAUCGUCUUCAGCCUCACUUCCACAAACAACACCCCACAUGCGGCGGAUCCAGUCAGAAAGUGCAGCAGCAGAAAUGCGUCCUGAGGUUGGGCGGGAGCAUGCCACUGCACAAAUGCGAGGGGUUGGGACAGAAAAUGUGACAGCUCAGAUGUGGGGGACAGAGAGCGUGCAUGCUGAGUACCGAGACACUGGGCAUGCAACAGUCACCACAGAGGUCAAACAUAGAGAAAAUGGCGAGAAGAAAGUGACCAUUACAGAGAAUGGUCAAUGUACAUGCUGUCCCUAUGGUUACCAUAUAGACUUGGAUUUCGUCAACUACUGUGACAGUUUGAAUGAUCCUGCCUAUUUGAAAAAGUUAAAGAGGUUACAACGAGAAAAGCGCAAACUUCGUAAAUCUAUGGAAGUUUACCUCCAACAACAGGAGAGUUCUGGUAACCAACAAACAGAAACUGUCGAGCAGAUAAGUCUUGUGCCACUCAACCAACAAAGUGCACCAGCCAAUCAAGUACUGGAUGAGAUUGACUCCUCUGUAGAUGCCACAUUAGCCUCAAUUAACACAAUGAUGUAUACAUCUGCUCAUGGCCGUCUCAUGAGCUCUGAGAGUGAGGGAACAUCAAGCUCCACAAGUCCUCAAAAUACAGAAAAGUUCAAUACAUUUCCACGAAAUCGUGGUAAAAACAUCCAAGAAGAAAUAAAUCAAUUCAAUACAUCUUUCGAGAUGCAAAGAGGACGAACAGACUCCCAAAGUUCCUUAUCUUCAAUUUCUACAAUUGCAAGUGAAAGAAAUAUUCCAACACAGAGUGUAUCAACUUAUAAUCACACAGGGGGUAGCAACUAUGGUCAGAGUACGGUCACUACAGAAACAAGUUACUCCCGUUUUACACACAUCACAUCUGAACAGUUGGCAGCUACCAUGGCAACACAUUUACCAACCCCAGAAGAUGGUGCUGCCUCCUCUCAUUCUACGACAACAAGCAUCAGUAAAUCCUCACUACAUGAAGUCCGAGAGGUGAUGGCAAUGAGUCUACAGAGGAUGAGGGAACUAGAGGAACAACUGAAGGCCAUCCCAGUUCUACAGGUGCGUAUUUCAGUCCUUAAGGAGGAGAAGCGUCUCCUUAUGUUACAGCAGAAAGCUCGGGAGUCAAAGAUGAACAUGCGUUCCAUUGGCGUUGGAGAUUCUCCUGUUGAGGAGGUUGUUAAACCGGUUAAGUCCCCAACAGUCAAGACUCCACCACCAGUCAUGCCAAAACCACGACUCAAAUCAAAGGCUGUUGGAGACAACAAUGUAAUGGUGCCAUACCUGGUUCAGCCUGAGCUACCACCUAGCUACACAGUAAGAGACAAUGAAACAUUCAUACAGGAAACAUAUGUGUUGGAGAGAGAACGUGGAAACACAGCACUAUACUCACCCUUCUCCAGAACACCAAAACCCCUAACCCGAACAAUAGGCAUUGGCGAUGCAAAUGUGCUGGAUGAUGGUUUAAAGAUACAUGAAAAAGAACUAAGAACUGUGAUUAUCGGGGAAGCAAAGUCUGUUGGUAAGCGUCAUGUUGGUGUUGAUUGUCGGGUUUCAACCAGAGAUGUUGGUGUGUCUAUUGCAAUUGAUGAGGAAAAGCCUUCUACGCGUACAGUUGGUGUAAAUGUUGACACAGGCUCCUUACUCACUUCACUAAGCUUCAAGGCUGAUGAGAUGAGGAGUGCGUUGAGGGAGGUACUACACAAAAAUGUUCGAAGUAUUGGUGUCAACUGUGAUUAUAGGGCUCAAACUAUGGAGAGAGGGGUACAGUUUUCGGAAUAUUCACUACGAACUGUAGGUGUUGGUGACUAUGAUGUUGAUAUAGAAUUACGGGCUCCUGUUCCCACAAGAACAGUUGGAAUUGAGGCUCAACCUCAUGUCAUAAAUAAAUCUGUAAACACUGACUAUGGCUGGAAGCUUGAUGCAAGCACCAACACAGUAAAACAGUACCAGGAAAACAGGUCAACCAUGACAGACAGGGCAAGACUGGGCAGUGCAGGGACCAUGACAGAGGCUGACAAAAUGUACUCCGGUGGCACACAGACAGAUGUUAUGAUGUUUAUGAGGAUGGAUCAACUGAAAAAUGCAGGUUGUAAUACAAAACGAAAAACCACUUAUAGUGAUAGCGUCCAAACAGACUUGAGUGAAGUUGUGUCUGAGGAUUAUGAACUGGAGGUCGUUUCAAAGAGCAGACGACCCAUUAAAACUAAUUCCUGGACUAACACAGAUGCAGAACCUCGAAAGUACAGCACAUCGAUGAAUACUGAGGAACCAAGAAAAUACAAUAAAUCUAUCAACACAGAGUCAGUAAGGACCAGAGACAUGGGAUGCAGUGAUGAUAAGGUAGACUCAUUCGUGUGUACUUUUAAUGAUGAAGAAAGAAUGGAGGAGACAACAGAGGAGAUCGUUACCUGGACAACAGAACAGGAAGUAAAGAGUGACUGGUCAGGUCAGGCCAAGGGUCAAACCAUUGAACGCCACUGGGAUGCAUCCCAAGACAAUAGCAGGAUGAAGAAAUCCAGAGAAAUCACAGAGGUUCCAGAAUCUUCUAUGGUCGUUGUGUCACAGAAAGCUACUAACUUGAUGUCAGCUUCUCCUAAAUACAAAGAUGAAAAGUCAUCGGAGACCUGGCAGGAUGAACGUAAUAUUCGUGAACGGGUUACACAGGUGAGUUCAGAUCAACAAAGUUGGCAGGAGGUUGAUCGAAGCCAAGAGGUAGUGGAAAAAAAGAUUACUAGCCAGGGUGGUGACACCUAUACAGUCACAACCAUCACACGGAAGACUCUAGGUGAACCAGAUGGUGAAAUGAGUGGAAAAGCCAAAGUUAAAAGUAUCAAAACUGGAGGCAACACUGAGAUCACAAAAGUUGCUGAUGAUAGUGGAUUGUCUGGUAUGAGUGGAACCCAACAAACAGUUACAACGAUAACACGAAGCACAAGUGGUUCAGGUGGUGGCAGACAAGUGGUGGAAGAAAACGUAGAACAAUCUAUGUCUGCUUCUCAACUGAAGGCUGAGCUUGAUCUCUUAGGGAGAUCAGGAGGGUCAUCGUCAUUGAUGAUGCAAGGGGGCUCAAUGGGGUCCACAGGUUCAUCAUCUGUAAUGAUGACCUCCUCCAGCAGUGGAGUGUCAGGAAUGACCUCUAGCAGUGGUCAAUCUGGUUCAGAUCUUAGUCUGAGUGGUCAGUCUUCAACUAGUGCCAGCAGUGAUGCCAGUGAGGAAGAGGAGGUGACAGAGUCUUUAGAAAUCAGGACAUACAGAACCUCAGAACUCCUUCCAGCUGGCAAGAGCUACUUUGAGCAGUAUGUUAGAUCAGGGGAGGGUGGAGACCAUGGUGUUACCAUUUUCAACACACAUGCUAUUGACUCAACCGAUGGCAGCUGCAAGUCUCUAAAGUCAUGUAUGAAGAAAAGUAAGUCCGACACACAGAUCAAGAGGGGCAUCACUUUUGCUGAAAAUGUGGUUGGAGGUUAUACAUCUAGUAGUGCUGGUGAUGAGAGUUCAGAGGAUGGGGAAUCUGACAGUGAGUCAACGACAAGUUACGAAGAAGGAUCAUAUGAUGGGCGUGAGGGCAGUAUUGUCUACCAGUGUAAGGAUGAUGAGGCCAUUGCACGAGGAAUGCCUGGAGCCAAAAUGUUUGACCAAAAUAUUCGGGAAACGUUUGAGUUGAGUAAAGAAAUGCAAACAUCUUCCUCUGUGCUGGCCAAGUACUUAGAGGACUCAACAGAGGUACAGACAAAGGAACUGAAUGCCAGCCUCAAUGUGAUACAGAAGGAGUGGUUUGGAAUCUCUAGUCAGAAGCUAUCGGAGCCCCACCAGGUAGAAGACUACCUGUCCAGCUUCAAUGAGAUUUCUCGGCGCCUUCUCGAGUAUAUUGUCAACAUGCAGGAUUCUAAUGGAAACACAGCCAUACACUACGCAGUGUCCCACUGUAAUUUCGAGAUAGUGAACCUGCUGCUGGACACAGGGAAGGUGGACCUGGACAAGCAGAACAAGGCUGGCUACACACCCACUAUGCUGGCUACAUUGGCCUACCCUCAAACAGAACGUCAGCAGGAAGUGGUCCAUCGCCUUUUCACCAUGGGCAAUAUCAACGCCCGGGCCUCCAAGGAUGGACAGACAGCACUAAUGUUAGCAGUGAGUCAAGGCCGCACAGAGAUGGUCAAGCUGCUCCUCCAAAAUGGGGCAAAUGUUAACGCCCAGGACAAUGAGGGGUCGACAGCCAUGAUGGUUGGAUGUGAACAUGGCUACACGGAAAUUGUCAAGUUAUUGAUGGCACAGCCUGAUUAUGACCCCUCUUUGGCAGACAAUGAUGGGAGUACCCCUCUGUCGAUAGCCAUGGAGGCAGGCCACAAGGACAUAGGAGUCUUAUUAUAUGCACAACUUAACUUUAAACGACAGGCACAAGCUUCUCCAGGUGUAACCAGGAGUAGAAAAUCUUCUCAUAACACUUCUCCAUUAGCCAGUCCAUCUUCUGUUCGGUAGCAGAAAGACACUUUUGAUUCGGACGUACAGCUAUGAUGUCAUGAAUGCUGGAGUUACCUCCCCUUGUCACUAAGACCACAGUCAUUCAUUAUAGGUGGACAUUUCAUUGUUAAACAAGAAGAUAUUACAUAUAGUGUGUUGCUCCAGAGGAUUUUAAUGAGACAAGCUGUUGUAACAAAUGCAUUUGCAUGAACUAUAGAUGGCAAAUGAAGUUAGUCCACACAGAAUAAGAAACUGUAACAGACAUGAAAACUGUGUGAUCUUCAGAUUAAAGAGGGUGUUGCUUCUGUUGGACUCUGAACUUGUUUUUAUAGGAUAUUUGUAACAAUUUUAUCCUAGAGAUCUGUGACUGUGAUGAUAUGCAAAUCUUAAUGAUCUGGAUCACCAAAAUGUUUCUCCAAAGUGAACAUUGUAAAGCAUAUAAUAUUGUUGGACAAAAAACAAUGGAAUAGACUGGUGAUAUCUUACCGAUAUAAACAUGAUAUUGUCACGAUUUUACAAGGUGCUAUUUUUCUAUGUAUGGUGGGCCCCUGGCUUGGUACAGCUGCUGGUAGAUGAGACCAGGUUUGCAUUUACUUUGUAUAUAUAGAAAUGAUAAGCAAUGGCUGUAGAGGAGGCAAAUGGCCACCUAUGUAUAUUUUUAAACAAUAUGCAGAAUGUCUGUUCUUAUAAGAUAUUAAUGUAUUAUCAUAUCUGUUAACAUGCUGUGAUUGUGUUGUGAAUGUGUGUCACCUGUAUUCAAAGUACAUAUAGAUUCCAUCUUAAACUGGAUCAUUCCCAUUAGUGUUGAGGGGGAAGUGGGUUAAACCUGUUACCCCUCUUCUUAACAGUAGUUUGAUCUAGGCAAAUCCAACUGAUGAAAAAUAGUUUCUUUGCUUAAGUCAUCGUCAUUAACAAAAAAUUAAGUAACAAAUUGGGUAUUAAUGACUGGAACAUAGAUUUAAAAUUGAUGAUAUUGGUGUUACAAUUUGUUUUUAUUCAAACAAGAAUUUUAGAAGUUUGACUACAUGUUUAUUUAUCUCCUACCUCCAAAGUUACAAUGUGUACUGUAUCAGCAUACAGAUAAUACUCAAAACAUUGAUGCUCUAUACCUAUCUUAAAAAAUAAGCCCCUGCCAACAAAUAAACCCUGUUCUUCAUUUUUGCAGAAUCAUCAAUUUUAAAAUAGUAUCGGUAAGCUGAAUGUAGUUCCCAAGAAAGUCCUCCUCAAAAUUAAUAACCUUUUACACAAGGGGCUUGAGGAUAAAUAUGGUAAUGUCAGUUUAAUUUUAAAAUUUAUCCCUGCAAUUUCAUUUAUUAUAAAACCUGUUAAAUUGAAAAAAUGCCAACCAUGGAAAUUUAGUGAACAGACUUAAGUAACAUUUUGUUUUUAAUGCUGUCAACAUUCCAUCACAUCUACUUGUUCUGAACACUCCUGACUCACUACACUGGUAGUCUGAGCAGCUGAUCUGAUACUGUGGAUUAAGGCAUGAGAGAGACGAGAGUGAUUAUUCAUAUAUAGAUUUGUACAAAUUCACUUGUUUGUGUGAACUGUGAGGUACAGCGAGUACCUGUGAAUGAGCCUCUGGGGUUCACAGGGAAUGACUAAUAUCUCGGUGUAAACCUCUCCUGGCCUCGAGUACAGCUGGGAUGGCCAGUCGUUUUUCCCUAUGUUAUGUUAUUUGUUUGCAUGUUUGAUUUUCCACAAUAAGAGAAAAAGAUUAAUACAUCUAGCAAUACAUACAUGAGGCAGACUACACCUGUUCUCUCCGUCGUUAUCAUAAUAUAUCUUUUUUCUGUAUUUUCAUUUGUCUUUAAAAUUCUCAUAAACAUAAGAUAUUUAAAAUUGCAAAUAUACUAUUGAACAAAAUCAAUGAAUGCUAUUUUAAUCAUUUUGUAAAUUCAGUUUUUGUUUUACAUUAUUUUUUCUUGCCUGCAUUUUAAGUGCUUUUACAAAUAAAGAGUCUGCUUAUAAUUAUUAAAGUUCUCACUCGGGUAUUUACUCUGCAAUUCUGACUGCUUGUAUGCAUAUACGGACUUUGGGAAGGGAAUAUAUUUUCUGCAGCCCUUAUAAAUAUCUUGACUGUAAAAUUCAACUACCUGUAGAGGUGUCUUAAAUGUUACAAGUAAAGUCAUAGAAUCAGAGUGUUCUGUGUUCAAAUCAUGUUUCAGCUGAAAUUUUUAAUCAUUGUUCAGAAUUAUUGGAUUAAUAACUAAAAUGGCAGUUUCAUUCCUGUACUGUUUCACAAGUUUCUUUAACGGAAAUAAGAAGUUUGUUAAAACGUUACUAAUGGUAAUAAUAAGACUACAUAUUAAAGAUUUGAAGUUUCACAUCCUGAUUAUGGAUACCAGUAAUUGUAAAAAGAAGCUGCCAGAGACACCUUCUUUAAACAUUUGUGUAUGUUACCUUUACAGAUCUGUAACAAUGCCAAUAUUGAGGUGUUAAAACUAAACACACAUGCAUACUCCCAAGUCCAAAAGUGCAUCUUAUAAAUAACUUUGCGGCAUAUAAACCAUGUAUAUCUGUGAUACACAUAUUUAUACUAUCUAUAUUUAAACCUACCAGCAGGCCAGUCUUCAAACACUGAAUUUAUUACUAAAAUUUCUUAAUUUUUCAAAGAAACCAAACAAACCUGACGUACAAAUUGCACUUUCAAAAUGGCUGCAAGUAGUUUUCUUUUACUGAACAUUUUAUGCUAAGAAAAUCAGAUUCUAGUUGACAUUAUUUUUCUGAAAGGAGAUUUAUUAUUUGUGUAAUGUUUAAUUAAGGCAAAGGAAUCUAUCUACAAUUUUUUUUUUCAAAUUUUGAAUAUUAUGCACUUAAACAUUUGAUUUAAUUGGAGUAAUUUAAUCUGCUAAAUUGUCAACAUGUUAGUUUUAUUGUCAAAUUGUCUUUCAAGUCAUUAAUUCUUUUUAAAUUACUUUGAAAUGUUGUCAUUAUUUGCUGUUGUGCUGUUGUUGGGAGUCUUUUGAGUUUUAUUUGGGAGGUCAAUGUGAGCCUCGUAUUAUUUUCGGCCACUGAUAUCAUGUCUGUUGGACAUGUUUGAGAAGAUAGGGAAUUUUGUAAGAAAUGAACUACAUAUCAUGGUGGAAUAAAAUUGAGCGACUGUGAGCUGU